AUGUCGGACUCAAGCUUUUUGGCCCCAAGCCAAAAUUUAACUAUUCAGCCACCACUGUCAAGAUGUGGCCAGGGACCAGCAUUGAUCAUUGUACGGCCCAGUUGCUAUGCAACUUGCCAGCAGCACAACGACUCCUUAGAUCCAGAGCCUUUGAAGAAAUGGGCAGAGGAAAGCUUCACAGUGGCCCAAUUGACUUUGGACCAGUCGGUUGCCCUUCACACGCAAGAUCUCCUUAAUCAGGCCGUGCACGAGUUGGUUAAACAAGGCUGUGAUGGGGAGAAAGUCGGGUUGAUAGUAUAUGGAUCCAAAACCGAUUAUGCCUCAGAAGUUGAAGAGCAGCUACGGGCCGCAGCAAAGGUCACUGCCGCUAUCUGCUUCGACAACUGGGAUGUCUCUGUUCCCACUCUUCUUCAUCUUCCCAAUGCAACGGAGAAGAAAGAUGGACAGAUACUUUAUAGCUAUGCAGACAUAGCCGGACCCAGCUUCAUCAUCCCAGGGCAUUCAGACUUCAAAAUCACCACAGCGGGGGUCGCCCACACCCGUAGUGUGGGAUUCAUCAAAAAGCAUCUCGGGGGACCGUUUUUCGAUCUCGAAAGCAUCUGGGAUGAACACACCUUUUAUGAAUUUGGAGAUCGAUCGGUGGAGAAAACAAUGGCGACAAUGGUUCAGGAACCGUAUGUCAACCAUAUUCCAACGUUGACUGGCGGCAUUGGGCGAUCGCGAUUGAGUCACUUUUACCUCCAUCACUUCAUUUUCAAUAAUCCCGACGAUACAGCUUUGGAAUUGAUCAGUCGGACCGUGGGAACGGACCGAAUCGUCGAUGAGUUCAUUUUCGUGUUCACCCACGUUCGGCAGAUGGACUGGAUGAUCCCCGGGAUUCCCCCAACAGGCAAACAUCUCCGUGUUCCGUUCACCUCUGUGGUCAAUAUCCGCGGAGAUUGUCUGUUCCAUGAACACAUCGCGUGGGAUCAGGCAACCGUGCUGGUACAACUGGGACUGUUGCCGGAAUAUCUCCCCUUUCCAUACGCAUUACCCGAUGGAUCUGUCCCGGCCCCUGGGCACCGGUUUGAAUAUCGAGUGCCUGCAGCGGGGGUUGAAUGUGCCAGUAAAUUGCAGAAUGAGCAUGUGGUUCCGUCAAACCUGAUGUUCGAAUACGCGAUUCGGGAGGUAGACCCACGUGGCCUGUGA